AUGAAAUACGCAACCACUCUUGCAGCUGUUUUCGGCGUCGCUGCCGCCCUUCCGGGGCCCUCUGAGGUCAGAGAAGCACGGCGUGCUACUCGCCGAGACGCCACGCGGGUUCCCAAGGGCCCCGGGUUUAACAUGAGGAACAAUAGCUACCCUCAAUAUUCGAACAAUUGGGCCGGAGCCGUUCAAAUCGGCAAUGGAUUCAACAAGGUUGAGGGAACCGUCACCGUCCCCCAGGUUAGCGGCGACGCUACCGCCGCCGCUGCUGCGUGGGUCGGAAUUGAUGGCGACACCUGUCAGUCCGCCAUCCUCCAGACCGGUGUGUCUUUCUACGGCGACGGCUCCUUCGACUCGUGGUAUGAGUGGAUCCCCGACUAUUCCCACAGCUUCACCGGAUUCGACAUCAGCGUUGGCGACCAGAUCAAGAUGUCUGUUGACGCUUCGUCCAUGACGGGCGGUGUUGCGGUUCUUGAAAACCUGUCCAACGGACAGAAGGUCUCCCACACCUUCACCAAUUCGCCAUCGAGUCUCUGCGAGACCAAUGCCGAGUGGAUCGUGGAAGACUUCCAGUCUAGCGGCCAACUUGUCCCUUUGGUUGACUUUGGCACUGUCACCUUCACCGAUGCCUCUGCGUCCGGCUCUGGGGGGACGGUCACCCCCGACGGCGCCACCAUUAUCGAUAUCAAGGACCAGAGCGGCAACGUCCUGACGAACUGUGACACGUCCGGAAAUGACGUGGUCUGUCAGUACACCGGUAGCUAG